UUGGAAUUUAAAAGAUACCAAUGUAUAGUAUAGUUUAAUAUUAUUUAAUAAAGUCAGGAUUUGUUUUUGAUUAUAUUGAGACACUUUAUAUAUAAGGUCAGAAUUAUUCAUCAAUUAUAUCAGAUUUAAUUCGUUUAUCACUAAUUAAUAAAGUCUUGCAAUUGUUCAAGAUUAUAAGACGCAAGACAGGAGAAUCGCUGAAUUUAGAAAUUAAGAUAUUAGUAUAAAUAUAAAACUUACAAUCAGUGCAAUUUGAAAAUUAUAAUAAAGUGACAAAACCAAAAAAAAUUUAUAGCUUGAUGUGUUUGUGUAAGUUAUGUGGUUAACUUAAUUCCGACAACUUGAAAGCUACUGUAGAAUGACAUUAUAUAACUUAUUUAUAAAUUUAUCUACCGCAUAAGAAGCUAAACAUGGGACCAGGAAAUGAGUUGUUGUAUAAUUCUUCGGAGAUGUGUCAGAAUCUUGAAAGUCACGAGGCUUCGGGAAAAUACCCGGAAUAUUGCCGUACUAUACGUGUGCAAGAAGCAAAUGGCACAGUAAAAGAACUGGUAUUUCCAAAAGCGUUAGACCUUGACCGUCCAAAGCGGGCACGAACAACAUUCUCACCCGACCAACUAUAUGAACUGGAGCGGGAAUUCCAACGAAAUCAGUACCUAGUAGGGAAGGAGAGAUCAGAGCUAGCAAAACGACUCAGGUUAUCAGAAACUCAGGUCAAAGUGUGGUUCCAGAACAGACGGACAAAGUACAAACGUGAUCGUGUACGUGAUGCCGAAGUACGUGACUCCAAAUCGGAGAGUUUCGCUGCAUGUAACAUUAUGCGCAUGCUCCAGCAAGAUCCGCCAACGGUUACCCAGUGUGCACCGAUACUGACUCCAUUACUUCCGGCGUAUCACCCAUAUACUUUAUCAGGAUAUAGUCCCACGUGAAAACGUAGUGUAUUCCAUGUAAUGUAAAUAAAAUCAUGACUAUUUAUAACCUGUUUGAAUUUGUGAGAAUUAAA